CGGAACGAAGGUGACGCAAAAACGAGUUUAAUUUGGGCCCCGCCGCGGCCCGUAGCCGGCGUCCUCAACAUGGCGGCUCCCCAAGAUGUCCACGUCCGUAUCUGUAACCAAGAGAUCGUCAAGUUCGACCUGGAGGUGAAGGCGCUUAUCCAGGAUAUUCGAGAUUGUUCAGGACCAUUAAGUGCACUUACUGAACUAAAUACUAAAGUGAAAGAGAAGUUUCAGCAGUUGCGGCACAGAAUACAGGAGCUUGAGCAGUCAGCUAAAGAGCAAGACAAAGAGUCAGAGAAGCAAGUUUUGCUUCAGGAAGUGGAGAAUCACAAAAAGCAGAUGCUCAGCAAUCAGACCUCAUGGAGGAAGGCUAAUCUCACUUGCAAAAUUGCUAUCGACAAUCUAGAGAAAGCAGAACUUCUCCAGGGAGGAGACCUCUUAAGGCAAAGGAAAACCACCAAAGAGAGCCUGGCCCAGACAUCCAGUGCCAUCACGGAGAGCCUCAUGGGGAUCAGCAGAAUGAUGUCCCAGCAGGUCCAGCAGAGCGAGGAAGCCAUGCAGACGCUAGCCAAUUCUUCCCGGACUAUCCUGGAUGCAAAUGAAGAGUUUAAGUCCAUGUCAGGGACCAUCCAGUUGGGACGGAAGCUUAUCACAAAAUAUAAUCGCCGAGAGCUGACGGACAAGCUUCUCAUUUUCCUUGCCCUGGCCCUUUUCCUUGCUACGGUCCUCUAUAUUGUAAAAAAGCGGCUCUUUCCAUUUUUGUAAGAUCUGAAUUUACCAGCUUUGGCCCUUUAUACUUCAGAGUCAGGAUCUGUCCAUGCUCCUGAGCUCUCCCCCAGGCUGCCAAACUAGUGUACACCUCUGUGGCCUGCUCCAGUUGCUUGGCAGGUUGAUUGCAGACGCAGCCCUCCAGCUUUCUCCAGGCAGCUGGUUGGCCUGUAAAGGGCAAAUAGAACAAGAGGAGGGAGGCCUGUCAUUGGGACACCUACAGGACACAGGGACUCCAGAAGCCAUCAUAGUGUAUAUGGCUGUCACAAGGGGCACACAGAGGCCAGCCUUCAGGAUUUAAUCCCUCUCUACUUCUGCUGUAGCCUUAAUGCUAGAUCUGGUGGAAGAAGAAAGUGGGGAGACGGUUAAGGAAAACUCAUGUCCAUUCCUUGAAUAAACUUGACUAUAUUUAAUAGAAUGAAAUGCAUGUGGAUUUAUAAGGUAUCCUCCUGGGAAUUUGUGUCCUGUUUUUGAUGUCCAGAUAUCUAGGACAUGAACUCAGAUCAUUUAUUUGUUCAUUCAACAAAGGAUUAUUAAGCAACAGCCACAUGCAAUGUAUUAUAGACACUGCUGACUGUUACAAAUACUUGGUAAAGCAGCUGUGGUUCCGCCCUCAGGGAACAAGAAGAACAAGAUCUCAUAGGCUCUAAAAAAGCAAAUUACAAAAAACCCCCACUGGAGGUGGCUGACACCACAUCUGAGAAAGCUCAGGAAGACAUCCUUCUCAUUCUAUGUACAGUGAUGGGCCUGGCCUGGGGAUGUGCCAUGUCUUGGGGACUGGCCCGUGUCUUUCUCUUUAGGUCCAGAGCUAAAUAUAACCAUGAGAGUGAGGCUAGUGAUAAGCUGAGGCCUGUCUGGGCCUGAGUUCUGUUGAGGCCUGUGGGAUACUAGGGCUCAGGCUGGGAGAUGUUAGUGUCUCCUUGUGCUAUAGGCCUGGCUGGUCUCACACAUGAAAUCCCAGCCUCCCCACUAUUUAUAGCCCCAAAGGCCCUGGGAGGUAUAAUGUGGAGGCAGAGGGGAAAGCAGAAAGAACAUGGAAUUUGAACCUUGAUUUUGAGUCUUGGCUCUACUACUAAGGGACCAUGUGACCAUGGGCAACUUCCUUUUGUCACUAAGCCUCAGUUUCCCCACUAGUAAAGUGGGGAUGAUAGUCCAUAUAGAUAUUUGUAGAGUCAACAUGAGAAUCAAACAAGAAUGUAAAGGAAAAAGUACGGCUUCUGUGUGACUGAACAGUGGGCUUCCCAAAUGGGGUCACCUCCAGGACUCUGGGCCCUGAGGUUCCCUGCAGCAAACAGGCUUCAGUGAAAGCUGGCCGGGCCAUCAGUUCUGUUUAGAUCUGUUUGAACAGAGGGUGUCCACAGUUAAGACUUUAGUUAUGAAGUGCCAGAUCGCCAUGGGACCAAGUUUGUAAGAUAUUGGCUGCAUACCUCAGACUGACUGGUUUCAUGAGUAGAAUAUAAGUUAAAGUGUGUGUGUGUGUGUGUGUGUGUGUGUGCGCGCGCGCACACACAUACACACUUCUAUAUAUAUGUAUAUAUAUCAUCCUUAAACAAUUUCUGGCCUCAGAAGGCAAUGUAAAAUGUGCAUGCAUGUGUCUUAUUUAUAGUCAAAUUAAAGCUGAGAAUAAAGCACAGAUGGGAAAUUCCCACUCAGAUUCCAGCUGUAAGUGCAGCAGAUGGAUGUUAUCAAUUUAGGAUUUUCUUGUCUUAACAUUUUUCUUUACUACUUCCCACUAAUUGUCAACAUCCUCCUUACAAUAUGGGAAUGUGUGGGCUUUGUACUCCUUAAAACAUCUCCCUUGACUAUUCUUUAACUUGCUUCCUUCUGCAAAUAGGUUGAAUUUGAAAUGUCAUCAAUAGCGUUGUAUCUUGCAACCCCAAUCUGCCACCAGGAUUCAGUCAUCCCCUAGUGGGCUGACUGGGCAGAAAGCAGCCAUCUCCAUGUUCAACCGUGAGGGGUCAGUGUUCACACUUGCUCUAUGGUCUUGCUAUGUUUAGGACUCUGUUAGUCUGUAUGGAAUGCUCUUAAGGAUUUUUUUUUUCCCAGUUACCAGACUUAAACAAACAAACAUAACAAAUGUACAAAGCUUACCUAUAUAGUCUCUGUAAGAUGUUUCAUAAAUGAUUUUAAUUUUCACUGUUAACAGUAAGGCAAACUUGUAUUCUACAUUUUGCUUAGAUGACAGUCAAGGAGUUAAAAGUAUAAAGCAGCUGUCAAGACAUCAUUCAUUCAAGUAUUCACUGAGCACCUACUUUGUACCAGGCACUGUAUUGGGUACACUCCGUGGAAAAAAAAAAAAAAACAAAAACGAUUCUCUGUCAUCCUGGAACUUACAAUAUGUGGGGGGAGGUGGGCAGAUGAUAAACAAUUAACGUACUAAAUAAGCCAUUCAUUCUGUUAGAACAUAAGUGUUUUAGGGAAAAGUGAAACUGGCUAAUAGAGACCCAGAAUGUUGGUGUGGGGAUAGGUUUGCUAUAUUAAAUAGGAUAGUCAGAGUUGGCCUCAUUGAGGAGGUAAGGUCUGAGCAAAGUCUUGUUGGGGAGAAAGAUACUUUAGCCAUGUGGACUUCUGAGGGAGGAGGGUUCCAUGCAGGGGCCAGCUAGAGCUAGUACAAAGGCCUAUAGUGGGAGCAUCUGUGAUACUGUGAUUUAGAGUCAGAAAUAUAUAUUUCUUGUCCCCGGUCCUGGCACAGAGCUCCUAAGACCUUUGGACUUUCCUGCAAUGAGAGUGAUAAAGGUUUUUUUUUUUUGUUACAUUCCUGAGGCAACUUUUGGAAAGCACCAAGAUUGGGGCUGGUUGCCAGUGGAUCUCAGAGGAGGGGAGAGGGGCUGGAGAUUGAGUUCAGUCACCAAUGGCUGGUGAUUGAAUCAGUCAUGCCUGUGUAAUGAAGCCUCCCAAAAACCUCCCAAAACCCUAAAUCUUCCAGGUUGGAGAGCAUGUGGAGAUUGAGGGAGGGUGGCACACUUGGAGAGAGCAGGGAAGUUCUGCGUCCUUUCCUCAUACCUUGCCCUGACAUCUCUUCCAUCUGGCUGUUCCUGAGUUAUAUCCUUUUUUUUUUUUUUUCUGAGUUAUAUCCUUUUGUAAUAAACUGAUAAUAUAGUAAA